AUGUGUCGCAUCGUCCCACCGCCCGGCUGGGACCCGCCGUUCGCGCUGGACCGCGCCAAGUUCCGCUUCCGCACCAAGGUGCAGGCGCUCCACCAGCUGCAGCGCCGCCCCGCGCCCGCCGACCCCGCCACCUUUGCGCUCGACUACCUCCGCUUCCUUGAGGAUCUCCGCCUUGCGCCCCCCCCCGCGCUGCAGCGCGCACUUGCGCGCGCGGGGAUGGGGACGGGGAAGAAAGGGGUUUUGGCAGAGGACAGGGCGGUGGUGGCGGCGGAAGCCAUGCGCGCGGGCGCGGUGGACAUCUGCGCGCUGUUCCACGCCGUGCAGCGGCGGGGGGGGUUUGAGCGGGUGAGUGAGAGCAGGGCGUGGGGGGACGUGCUGCGGUCGGUGCUGCAGGGCGGGACGGGCGGGGCGGAGGGGGAAGGGUCGGGGAAGCGGGCGAGUAUGGACGCGGGGGGGUUGAAGGCGGUGUAUCGGCGGUGGCGGCUGGAUGAGCUGGAGGCGUGGCGAGAGGCGGGCGCGGGCAGGGCGCAGGGGGACGAUGGGCGCAACGAGACGCACGGGAAGACUGGGCCUGCCGCCGAUGGGAAACGAAAACGACAGGAAAAGGAGGCGGAAGGAGAAAGAAGCAGCAAGGCGCAGAAGAGGAGUGAUGGUACCGGCGGUGGGCUGAGCGCGGGCGAGGCUGGCGGCAGAUCCAGCAGCCGUUGGCGCGCAGCUAAGGCCGUGAGGUACGGGCACGGCGAGUCAGGAGGGGAGGAGGAGGGGGAGGGAGAGGGGGAAGGCGAUGGGGGCGAGUCAGAGGGCGGUGAUGGCUCUGACUCGGACAGUGAAGACGCGGCAGCAGAUGCGGUGUGUGAGAGGUGCAAAGGAGGGGGGCACGAGGAGCAGAUGUUGCUGUGUGACCGCUGCGACCGCGGCUGGCACCUCUUCUGCCUCUCUCCACCGCUCUCCACUGUGCCGCCCGGCACGUGGUUCUGCCAGGACUGCGUGGCCCACCCGCACGACACCUUUGGCUUCACGUCGGGCGGCAGCAUCUCCAUCGCCGCCCUGCAGCGUGCCGACCGCGCGCUGCGCGAGCGGCUCUUCGGCGCAAAACUGGGCGGCGCGAUGACGCCAGCGCAGCUAGAGGAGGCGUUUUGGCGGGUAGUGGACGGGGCGGCAGGCCCCGUAGAGACCCUCUAUGGCAGCGACAUCGACACCGGCGCGUGUGGCAGCGGUUUCCCCAGGAGAGGCGAGGCGGUGCCGGCGCAUGCGGUGCAGAGCGGUGUGAGUGAGGCGCGGUGGCGGGAGUACGCGGAGGCGCGGUGGAAUGUGAACAAUAUUGCGCGCGAUGCGGCGUCGGUGCUGCGGUAUGUGGAGGACGCCAUCCCGGGCGUGAUCGUGCCGUGGCUGUACAUGGGCAUGACGCUCUCCGCCUUCUGCUGGCACUUCGAAGACCACUGCUUCUACUCCAUCAACUACCUCCACUGGUGCGCGCCUUUCCCCUUCUCCUCAUGGUGCCUUCUUCUCGCUCAUACCACUGUGUGUGGCAGUACGGCUGCCCCUCCCUUCAUUCGAUUCGUUCCUGCGUUUACUCUCUUCUGGGGCGAGCCGAAGCUGUGGUACGGCGUGCCGGGGCAUGCAGCAGAGGCCUUCGAGCAGGUCAUGUGGGCGGCCUUUCCGGACCUGUUUGAGGCACAGCCCGACCUGCUCUUCCAGCUGGUAACCAUGUUACACCCCAUGGCGCUGCAGCGAGCGGGUGUGCCCAUCUUCCGCACCGUGCAGGCCGCCCGCGAGUUUGUCGUCACCUUCCCGCGCUCCUACCAUGCCGGCUUCAACCAAGAUGCUGAGAUGAGAGUGCUGCUGAUGCUCACAUGCUCUCUGUGUCCCAUCCUAACCUCCUCCCCUCAUCCCCGCCGCCCACUGCCCUCGCUCUCUGGUACGGGUGGGGUGAACUGUGCGGACGUGGUGAACUGUGCGGACGUGGUGAACUGUGCGGACGUGGUGAACUGUGCGGACGUGGUGAACUGUGCGGACGUGGUGAACUGUGCGGACGUGGUGAACUGUGCGGACGUGGUGAACUGUGCGGACGUGGUGAACUGUGCGGACGUGGUGAACGUCGAGUGCUUGGCGCAACACACACCCCCCUCAACCCACAUGUCCGCUGCCCCCCCUCCUCUCCCCGUGCGCGCAGGGGUGAACUGUGCGGAGGCGGUGAACUUCGCGCCGUGCGACUGGCUGCCGUGGGGCGGGCUCAGUGUGGAGCGCUACCGGCUGUUCCGCCGCAAGUCCAUUCUUUCCCAUGAGGAGAUGCUGUGCGUGCUGCUCAUGAACCAGCAGCGGGGGCUGCUAGCGGGGGAGAGGCAGGUGGCGGGGGCGGAGGUGCGGAGGGUGGUGGAGGGGGAGAGGCGGGCGAGGGAUGCAGUGUGGGCGCAGGGCACAGUGAGGAGCGCACGCAUGGCGCCACAUGCACGGCCCGAUGCCAUCACCGACGAGGAGGACAGGGAGUGCCUCAUCUGCCGCUACUACCUCUUCCUCUCUGCUGUCAUCUGCCCCUGCCGCCCCCGAGAUGCCGUGUGCCUGCAGCACGCGUGUCAGCUGUGCGACUGCCCGCCUGCCCGCCGCACGCUGCUGUACCGCCUCUCCCUGGCGGAGCUCGAGGACCUGCUGGCUGGGGGGGACAAGAGAGGGGCCGGCGGGCGUGGGAAGGAGGGGAGCGUUAGCAGUGGAGAAGAGCGGGAGGGUAGUGGAGGGGAGGUGUGUGUGAAUGAUGGGCGGGGGAAAGCGGCUGUGGAGGAGGUGGUGGUGAAGGCCGAGUGCAGCAGGGCAGCAGCGGGAGGCAGCAGCAGCAGCAGCAGCAGCAGGCAAGCGGGGGAACAUGCGAGCGGGCAUGUGGGCGGGGAACUUGCGAGCAGCAGCGCCCCACGUGCGCCCAUCACGUACUCUCGCCGCGCCACCACUGCUGCUGUGGGCAGCCCUCCCAUGUGCGGACUCACCAGCAUCGGCGUGAAGGUGCUCGCCGGGGUUUACGGGUGUGGCAGUGACACUCGUGCUGACCUUGCUGCCACCAUGCCAUGCCGUGACAGCCGCGCAUCUGCUGGCGUGGACCAAUCAGCACAGCCUUCGUCCAGUGAGGCGGGCAUGGGUGAGCGGCAGGUGGAGGGACGCGUGGAAGGGGGUGUCGAGGGACUCGUUGGUGUGAUUGUGAAGCAAGAAGGGGUGGAGGGUGCGAGCGUUAGUGAUGGUGUGGUGGAGGCGGCACGCAAGGGGGCCGUGGAGAAUGCGAUCAGCUAUGCUGCUGGCAUGCAGAGAGUGGGAGGGGGCGAGAAGAGGCAGGCAGGGAAUGGAGCAGCAGAGGGGCUCAGGAGUGCAGAGGCAGAGAUGGCAGAGUGGAUGCGGGGCAGGGCUGUAGUGGGGAGCAGGGGUGGGGGGCACGGGGGGCAGCUGGUGCAGGCGGAGGAGUUUUUGGACAAGUGUCGGGCGGGCAGUGGAGGAGGGUGGGUGGCGCAGCAGCGCCGGGUGCGCGGGCGCAUGAUGACGCACAGUGAGUGGGCGGCGCAGUGGGCGUCGCGCGGCAAGGUAGCGCUGCGCUCGCCGCCCACAGUAGAGGCAGCGGUGGCGCUGGUGCAGCAGGCGCAGGAGUUCCUGUGGGCGGGCCACGAGGUCGAUGCGGCGAAGGAGCUGCACGCACUGCAGGCAGAGGCGGCAGCGGCCACGGUGGACAUCCCUGCUGCCACCAAGCUCAAAGACGCCCUCCUCGCCGCCCAGCACUGGGUGGAGGCGGUGCAGAGAGCGGUGGCGCGGGGGAAGGCACCUGGAGCAGCGGCACACAUCCCUCUGCCCGACCUGCACUCCCUCGCCAUGCUGCACUCGCAGGGCGAGCGACUGAGGGUGACGGUGGCGGAGCACGAGGUGGUGGCAUCAUUGCUGCUGGCCGCCAGGCACAUGGACGCACGCGCCCACGCUCUGCUGCCCUCCUCGCCCACCCUUCAGGACAUGGAGGCGCUCCUGCAUGAGGCGACGGGCGUGGCGGUGCGCCUGCCAGCGGUGGCGCAGCUGCAGGCCCGGCGGGACGAGGCACGGCGCUGGGGGGAGAGGGCACGCGCGCUGCUGGCGGCGAUGAGGAGACAGGAUGGGGGGAAGGGCAAGCAGGCACACAAGCAGGGGCAAGAGGAGGUGCAGAAACAAGCAGGAGCAGCGAGUGCAGCAAGCAGCGGGCCUGACAGCGCCUCCCCAUUGAGCCCGUCUCCUCCUCCUGCUGCUGCUCCCACUACUCCCGCUCCUGCCACCCCCCUGCCUGUUGCCCGCACCACUGCUGCUGCUGCUGCUGCUGCUGCCUCUCCAGAAACCCCUCCUCCCACCGCUGCUGCCUGCUCUCCUGCUCCGGAUCACCCUGCACCCAUCCCCACUCCUGCCACUGCCCCCACUGCUCUCACCGCCGCAGCCACUGCAGGUGCUACUGCUACCACUGCUCCGCUUGCUGCUCCUUGCACGCCUUCCACCAAAGACACUCUGCUUGACUCGUCGCCUCCUCCUGCCGCUGUUCCAGCUGCCACUGUCACGCCCACCGCGGGCAGGCAGAGGGGGUGGAGGGACGAGCUGGCAGCGCUGGUGGAGGCUGGCACGCGCAUGCACGUCACUCUGGGCGAGAUGGAGGAGGUGCAGCAGCAGCUGCAGCGCGUGCAGUGGGAGGAGGCGGCAGAGGGGGCGCUCAUGCUCCGCGCCUCCGUGGACGAGCUGCUGGCGCUGCAGGCAGAGGGGGAGAGACUGCCCAAGGGCAGUGCAGUGGUGGCGCGCGUGCAAGCAGUGGUGGCGGCAGGCAGUCACUGGCAGGCCAGGGCGCAGAGAGCGCUGCAGGAGGGGUGUAGCCUGGAGGAGGGCGAGGCGAUGAGCAGGGAGGCGGAGUAUAUCUCAGCGUCGCUGGCAGGCCAUGCUCAGCUGAUGUCAGCGCUGGCGUCAGCAAGGGCAGCAGCAGCUCGCGCCGACCAGCUGCUGCUGGCUGUGCGCCGCUCUGCUGCUGCUGCAGCUGCUGGUGCGGCUGUUGGUGCUCCGAUCACACCGACCACAGCAGCUGCAGCACCGCGCACCCAAGCCAGCCCAGCUGCAGUGCGCAUCAUCACCGUGUCUGCUGCACCUGCAGCCACGCCCCCACCGGAGUUGUUAGUGCCGGCAGCAGCAGCGGGCGCCAGUGCGGCUGAGCUGUCCGCGCUGCUCACCCAAGGGGUGGCGCUGGGCGUGGCAGUGCCGCAGCUGCCGGCUGUGCGCGCGCUGCUGCAGCGCCUCCGCUGGGAGGUGGCAGCCCAUGCCAUGCUGUCAGGCACCGCACAUGAUGCGGUGGUGAGUGGUGCGGUGCAGGGGGAAAAUGCCGGCAUGGAUGUGAGAAGGCGAGGCAAGGCGAGCAUGGAGGAGAUGGAAGCGCUAGUGGCGGCUUACCCACACUUCAAUCUCCCUUCAUCAACACUACUACCCCAACCAUUCGACCCUUCCUCGUCCGCCCCGUCACCCCCCAUGCUCUCAUGCCAGGCGUGGGGCAGCAGCAGUGUGGUGGCGAGCGCGGAGGCCCAGCAGGUGCAGCGGGCAGUGGCAGCGCUGGACGACUGGCUCGCUGCCUGCUGUGCUGCUCUGCAGGGGCGCACUGGGGAGGACGAGUGGGCGACUGAGGGAGGAGAAGGGGCACAAAGGGAGGGCGAGAGGGAACAGCGGCGGGCCAAGGAGCGGGUGUGUGAAGAGGAAAUUGUGCAGAAGCUGAACGAGAUGCACAGCAGCGUGCAGGCAGCGCUGCAUCGCAUCUCCUCCCUGGCCCAGCGCACCGCUGCCCUGUCUCACCUCACGGCGCUGCCGGCACAGCCUUCUCAACUGCCGGCACAGCCUUCUCAACUGCCGGCAUCAGCCGCUGCUCCCCCUCCUGCACUGCUGGCGGCGGGCACUGCCGAGGCUGCGUCCACAUCAGGCGCAGCCACGGCAGCAGCUGGUGCGGCGACACCAGGUGUGGCACCGGCAGUAGCAACAGCAGUGCGCGGGGCGGCAGAAGCAUCAGAGGCAUCUGCACUUGCUUCGUCUGCUGCUGUUGGUGCGGCGGGUGUUGAAAGCAUCUCCUCGUCCCACACCCUGUGCUGGUGCGGUCUGCUGCACGCUGCACAGCCUGCCUCUGCUGCUUGCUCUAACGGCAGCCAUGGGCAGGUAGUGGGGUGCGGGCAGGCGGGGGGAGGAGGCGGCGGGGAGGUGCGAGUUCGGGGAAAGCGCAGUGGUGGGAGGAGAGCUGCUGCUGCUGUGAGCGGUGCUGUGGGGCGGGAGGGUGGUGGUAGUGGUGCUGUGGGGUUGUCAGGGGAGAAGAGGGAAGAGAAGGGAGGAGAAGCAAGAAGCAAGAGGGAAGGGGAUAUGGGAGCAGUGCGUUUGGAAGAGGGUGAAGAAAAGGAGGAGCACCAGAGGCUAGAGAAAGGAUAUGGGAUGAAGGGCGAACGCAUGGAGGAUGCACUCACAUGCGACGGGUGCAGCGUGAGAUUCCACGCCGACUGCCUCGCAUACUUGCAUGCUGCCACCUCCUCCGCCUCUCAAGACCAGCAGCAGCAGGAGAAGCCGCAAGAGCAGAAGCGAGAGGCGGCAGGGCAGCAGCAGGCAAUUGCAGAGCAGAGUGGCGGGGUGGGCGUGGGGGCAGCUCCACCAGGUGCACACACACCCACCCACCCACAGCCGCAGCAGCGGCAACAGCACGACAGGAACCCCGAGCAACAGCAGCUGUUGUCGCCGCCGCCGCAGCAGCGGCAACCGCAAGACCCUUUCAGAUGCCCCUUCUGCGCCUCCCUUGCCGCAGCAGCCGUCACACCUGGUGUCUCGGCGUUGUUCCACCAUGGCCACCUGCCGCGCGUGUCGCUGCGAGACUUGGAGGACCUCCUCUCACGCGCUCUCUCUCUGUACCCCAGGGUGCGCAUUUCAGCCAGUCUCCCCCGCUGUUCACUCUCUCUGCUCGCCCCCACCAGGAUCGCAGCCGUGCACAGCUUGGAGCAGCUCGUCCAAUCAGCAACGCGCUGCUGUCACUUGCUGACAUCAGCUCUCUCCACCACCCUGUCCUUGCCACGUCAUGCUGAACCCGUGCCUCCCUCCAUACUCAGCUGUCUGCUUCAGGUGGCCUCUUGUCUUCCGCUCCACAUGCCCCUUGCCUCUCCGACAUCGCUCUCCUCCACCUUGCCUGCCCCUGCCGCCACACCAGCGCCACCACUUCCAAUUGCACAACAGGCAGCAACGCAGGCAGCAAAGCAAGCAGCGGAGCCUCUUGCCUCGUGGCUGCUGCACGUGAAUGCAGUUCUCUCACCAUCCACACACAUGCAGCAGCAGCAGGUGCAGGUGCAAGGGGGCCUUGUAAAGGAGGUCACUGGUACCGCUGCCGCUGCCGCGGCAAUGAGUGUGGGAGUGGUGGCUGGAGGGCAAGAGGAGGUGCGGCAGUUGGCAGGGCAGAGCUGCAAGGAUGGUGGAGGAGGGGCGGCAGUGCCCGCAGGGCCAGUGGCAGCGGUGGUGUCGGAUGCAGGGACAGGCUGCUCUGUUGAGGCGGGCGGCACGCUGGCUUCGGUGCAGAGGGCAGUGGCCGCCCACUGCUGGAGGGCUGCCACGUGUAGCACUCUCAUUGGCCGCUCACGACCCCGACCUUCCACCCUGGCACAGCUGGUGCAGACGGGAUCGCACACAGUGGGCGCAGCGGAUGCCAUCCUUGGGGAAGCCACACGGCGACACGUGGCGGCUUCUGAGUGGCUGUCUCGUUUUGCCAAGGCACACUCAUCUCAGUCACAGGCAUCAGAGUGCCGAUCCGCCCAGCGCCUGUCACAUCUGCGGGCGCUCAUUAGCCAGGCGGCUGCCGUGCCUGUGGACCUGCGCCCAGAGAUCAAGAGUCUGCGCCGUGCCGUGGCCCGACUGGCAUCGCGCCUCAAGGCUGAUGCAGCUGCUACUGCCCCUCCCACCACUCACUCGUCUCCUGCUGCCACACCUGCGCCUGCACCUCCCACUGCUUCACUGCUCACCGCAAUCUCUCCUGCUCAGGCUGUAGCGAAAGCUGUCGCCUCGCCAGGCAGCGCAGCUGCCCCGGGAGGUGGGGCGACCGUCACCACAGCUGCUGCCUCGGGGCGCAAGGGCUCGGGGCUCAAGGGCUGUCGCAGUAGCAAGCGGAAGCUGGCUGCAGCAGGGGAAGGAAAGGCAGUGCGCAAAGCAAGAUCAGUAGCGGUGGCUGUGGGACGUGCAGCAGAUGCAGGUGGAGCGAGCGUGAGUGUCGCUCCCAGUGGCACAUGCAGCGCCACAAAUGGUGUAGCAGCCAGCGGUACCGCCACUACUGCCACUACUGCCGCUACUGCCCGCGCUGCAGGCAGUGCCAGUGCCCACCCCCGCCGCCUGCAUCGCCGCACCGCCACUGCCUGCCUGCUCCUUCCAUCCCCAACCCACCGAUGCACCCCGCAUGCGCUCUCAACCUCUCUCUCCUCCCGUCCCUGA